CUGACCCUUUCCCCAGAGUCUUGAAAGGUUCCCUGCUUGCUGGCGGACAUGUUGUGGUGCAUCAUCUAUGGCUUUGCCUGCUUAUUACUGCACAGCGCAUGUGCAUUUGUAUCGCCCUCCCUGCCGAUGCUUUCACCACAACAACGGUACGGUACACACAUCACAUCACGCCAGUACACUGCAUGCCGUCCGUCCAUACUCGUACAUUGCAGCUUUUGCUUCCCUUCACUCAGGUUUCGUUCAUUGUCAUCACUGUCACGGUGGCGCAGGGAGAGGUCAGGGGUGGCCUCGGCAGCGUGGGCAGCCAUCUCGAUAGACAGCGCUGAAGAGCUGGACAAGGCCGUCAAGUCAGCCGAUGCAGUGGUGGGCAUGGCAUUGCAGGCAGACCGCACCCCUCCCUGCACUGCACUUGACUGAGAUGAUGGUUCCAACCUUCAGGUAGCCAUGUACUCCACGACUUGGUGCGGGCCGUGUAAGAUCUGCUUCCCUUUGUAUGAGGAGCUCUCCGACAAGUUCCCAUCUGUGGUCUUCCUCAAGGUCGAGGGCGACAGCACCAAACAAGGGCAGGCACUCAUGAAGCGGUACGUGCGUCGGUCUUGAGCAUGCAAUCCAGAAGGCCAGGGCGGCCACUGCAGCGAUGGAUGGGUGUGCGGCCAUUGUGUGUGUCUGUGCGUGUGUGUGUAUGGGUGCAGGGAGAAUGUGCGUGCGGUGCCAUCGUUUCAUUUCUUCAAGCAGGGCAAGAAGGUGGACAAGAUCAAUGGUGCGGCCAUGCAAGAUGUGGAGGCGUUAGUCAAGGAAAUAGGGGUCCUCACAUAGCCUAGCUAGCCGCUCCGCUCCCGGGCAGUAGGUCGGUACGCAUGUCAUGUACGUACGUACGUACGUACGUACGUGG